UGUGAUUCGUAUAAGUUAUUGACGAACAACAGGGUUGCAAAUUGAACAAUAUAUUGUUAAAGAAUUGAUUGUGAAACACACGCAGCUUAUAAGCGACAGUUGGCCGAGAAGCUACGUGCAAAGAGGUAUGGAAUAUUUGCUGAACAUCUCGCUCAUUUCUGAUGUUUUGUUUAAAAACCUGUAUGAGGACGAUCUCUCUGCCGAAGGGGAUAUAGGACUGACAUUUCUGGAUUACGAAAGUACUGAAGAAAAUAGUUUAUUUGAGAAGUUUCCCAACGAUUACGAAACUACUUUUGACAAGGAUUUAGAGCACCAUUGUACAAUGGCGAGAUUGCUACGAGGCUUGUUUACUUAUGGAUCCUCUAAUGAAAGCGAUUCAUCAUCCCUGCCUGGGACGAACAUGAACCUUACGUGCAACUUCUCGUUUGGGAAUCCCGGAAAUUACUCCUUCACUCGUGACUUUUCCGUCGCAGACCCUCUCGUGUUAAAGAUCGGGCGAUUGUUUUACAGUUAUAUGACACCUGUAAUUAUCUUGAUAGGGCUUGUUGGAAACAGUUUAUCAUUGAAGGUAUUCACUUCAAGUAGGAUGCGAAAGCAGUCGUCUAGUUUCUACUUGUCAAGCCUAAGUGCGAGUGAUCUAAUGAUAUUGCUGUUUUAUGUUUUUCCCAGCUGGUUAAAGGAAGCCAUACCUUUCAUCCUGAGCAACAGGCAUACUUCAACAGAUAUUUUAGGUUACGAAGGUGUGUGCCAUACAUUUGUCUACUUGGCGUAUGUCUUUAGGUUCAUAUCAGUGUGGCUGAUUACAAUUUUCACUAUUGAGCGUUAUAUCGGAAUAUGCCAUCCGCUCAGGAGACGCGAGAUUUGCACACGGGCAUGCGCAAAACGAGGUAUAGUCUCCCUCGUUCUCGCUUCUCUCACACUCUUCCUCGUAAAACCCUUCAUCAGUGGCAUCUUUGAAACAGUUCCAGGGAGCGGAGUUAGAAAGUGCACCAGUAAUCCACGAUUCAAAUACCCCUCGUUUGUUUUUGAUAGCUCGUUCGCUGUUCUGACGACACUUGUGCCAUUUAUCGUAAUAGUGUGCUUGAACACAGUCAUCGUGAAGAAGGUCUUACAGCAUAAGCGUCAACAGAAGAUUGAUGGCAUAAAGAAAGAAAAUACAAUAAAGAUUGAAUUUACGUUCAUUCUUCUUGCCAUAUCAACGUGUUUUAUUACAUUAAAUCUUCCCUAUUUCGUCACCUGGUGUCGGAAGUUUGAACUCUCAGAAUUUAUAAGCAAGGAGACAUUUUCUUUAAUAACUAAGCUCGACACGUACAAAAGAAUACAAGGCAUGGUUCUCAUAACACAAACAAUAUUCUAUAUGAACUAUUGUGCAAAUUUUUUUCUAUAUUCACUCACUGGCAGGUAUUUCAGACGGGAGCUGAGGAAUUUGUUUUUGUCUCUGCGACGCUCCCCUUCCACACGGCGUUCUAGUAGAUCGUCGUACACGCAUACGUUUUCCAGGAUAAGUCAAUCAUCAAAGGCCUCUACAAAGCAUACCUGGGUCUAAAAUGCUUAGUGGAUUUGGUGCUAGUUUGUCAUGAUGCAGUAAAACCCAUCUAAGGAGAACACUCUAAGGACCAGUGUUCAAGUUUGGAGGUUGACUUUACAACAUGUGAGCCGAUAGAUAGUUAAAAACUAAUCUUUGAUAAUAACACUUUAUAAUUAAAUCCCAACGGGGUAUAUUUGAGAUACUGUAUAUUUGAAGUACAGCUUGGUUCUUGUUUAAGUAUACCUUGGAAGUUCGUCAUUCUUGAUGGGCUUUGACUUCAAACGCUUCAAGGAAGCAUACGUGUGGCUGAAACGUAAUUAAGAACAAAAUCAUGAGACUCUGGCUAUGGUCAGACUCUGGCUAUAUGGAUAACAUUGCUGACGAGCACCAACAUAUACAUGCCGGAGUCACGAUAUCUUUGAAUUAGAAUAGAAGAUAUCAUUAAGCAUUGUCUAAACGAUAAUCACCCUGAUCAAGUACUUCAUAAUUACAGCUUACUUAAAACUCUUUAUAUUUUUGCUUUCCGGAGCGUCUCAAUCGAGAUGAUAAUGGAUGACGUCCGGCCAUAAACCUCCACCCCCUGAGUUUAAUAGUAGUGCGAUCUGACACUUGCUUUUGAGAGCUAACGAUAAAAACAAAUGAGCAUGUUAUUUUACGAUGCAAAUAAUUUUGUCGUAUCAAUUCACAAAGUGGUAAAUAAAUUAAUUUCUCAUAUUCAGAAAGAUAUACGUCCA